GGGCAGCUGAAGCGUGACAAGCCCGUCACCGUUGUCCAGUCCAUCGGCACCGAGAUCAUCGGCAACCUACGGCCCGAUUACCGCGACCGCAUCCGGGUGCUGGAGAACGGCUCGUUGCUCAUCAGCCCCUUGCAGUUGGCUGAUGAAGGCGCUUACGAGGUGGAGGUGUCCAUCACUGACGACACCUUCACCGGCGAGAAGACCAUCAACCUCACCGUGGACAUCCCCAUCUCGAAGCCGCAAGUGCUGGUGGCCUCCUCAACAGUGCUGGAGCUCAGUGAGUUCUUCACCCUCAACUGCUCGCAUGAGAAUGGCACCAAGCCCACCUACACCUGGCUGAAGGACGGCCGGCCACUGAGCAACGACUCCCGCCUGCUUCUCUCCCCCGACCAGAAGAUCCUCACCAUCACCCGUGUCCUCAUGGCUGACGAUGACGUCUACAGCUGCCUGGUGGAGAACCCCAUCAGCCAUGGCCGCAGCAUCCCUGUGAAGAUCACUGUCUACCGCAGGAGCUCCCUCUACAUCAUCCUCUCCACGGGAGGCAUCUUCCUCCUCGUCACCCUGGUGACAGUUUGUGCCUGCUGGAAACCCUCCAAGAAGUGCCGGGGGACCUUGCUCCUGCCUGGCGCUGCCGUUAGCCUUCCUCUGCCCCCCACACCGGUGCCGACGGGCCGGGAGCAGGCUGCCCCAUGGGACCUGCUGACCAUGAGGCUGCACCUGGACAACGGCACCGCGCUGCCCACUGCUGCUGUCCGGCUCCGCUGGAGGAUGUUGAUUCCAGCGUCGGCGCCUGAGGGCUACGUGGUGCUGUACCGCUGCCUGCUCCCUGCCAGCACCUCCUGGGUCCAACACGACGCGGGCAGGGAGCUCAGCACCAUCAUCCACGCGCUCCGCAGAGGCUACAAGUACGAGUUCAAGGUCCGACCCUACGCUGGAGGGACCCAGGGCUUGGACAGCAACAGCAGGCACCUCUGGAUACCCGAGGAAGCACCAAGCGCAGCUCCCCAGCAUGUCACCGUGGGCCAGGUUGAGACGGGGAACGGCACCGUGGUUGUGAGCUGGGAACCACCUCCUCCUGAGGCCCACAAUGGCAUCAUCCGAGGCUACAAGGUCUGGUCAGUGGGCGAUGGCUGGCAGCACCCCAUCAACAGGACGGUGGACGAAGGCACCCACCGCCUGGAAACCCUCCUCCCGAACCCCGGGACCGAAUUCUGCGUCCAGGUGGCAGCUUUCAACAGCGCGGGGCUGGGGGUCCCCAGCAACGUCACCUGUGGUGUCCUGGUCACCAGGCAACCCAAGGACAUGUCCUCGGUCACUGAGAUCCCCAGGGACACAUUCCUGGCCACCAGGCACCCCAAGGACAUGUCCUCGGUCACUGAGAGCCCCAGGGAUGUUUCAACAGUCACUGAGAUCCCCAGGGACAUGUCCCCGGUCACCAGGCGCCCCAAGGACAUGUCCUCGGUCACUGGGAUCCCCAAGGACAUGUCCCCGGUCGCCAGGUGCCCCAAGGACACGUCCUUGGUCACCGAGAUCCCCAGGGAUGUUUCAGCAGUUAUGGAGCACCCCAAGGACACAUUCCUGGCCACCAGGCACCCCAAGGACCCUUCACCAGCCACCAGGCACCAGAGGCACACAAUCUCGGCCACCAAGCACCCCGAGGACCCAUCACCAGCCACCAGGCACCAGAGGGACACAAUCUCGGCCACCAAGCACCCUGAGGACAUGUCCCUGGUCACCAGGUGCCCCGGGGAGAAGUCCCCAGUCCCCGGUCACCGCAGGGACAUGUUCCUGGGCAGCAGCUUCGCCCGGGUGCUGGCAGUGGCUGUCGAUGGCCUCUGCUUCGGCCUCGAGGACACCGAUGGGGGCUACGGGGGUGAGAGCAGAGUCCCCAGACCCCUCCUCUGA